AACGCAGAGACUUUUUUAGGGACUAAGAAUGGUCUCUAAGAAAAAAUAAGGUGGAUGUGCUUACUUUACCAAACAGAAAUUCAGUACUUCGGCUGUCACGGUUUUAAUAUUUCGUAAUUUCUAAUUAAUAAAUAUGGCAACAAGAACAUUAACAAUAAAUUCUUUAAUGUCGGAUCUGUUUUGGGUUUGAGAGUGAAUGUGUACUAAUAGCCAUUUUAGGGACUGCGUUGUUUACUAAAUCAGUGACAUGGCUAAAAAAGCUUAUGACCUUUUAUUCAAAUUAUUAUUGAUUGGAGACUCCGGUGUUGGUAAAACAUGUAUAUUAUUUCGAUUUUCUGACGAUGCUUUUAACACGACAUUUAUAUCCACUAUAGGUAUAGAUUUCAAAAUUAAGACAUUAGAUAUCAAAGGAAAGAAAAUAAAAUUACAGAUUUGGGAUACAGCUGGUCAAGAGCGUUUCUACACCAUAACCACAUCUUAUUACAGAGGGGCAAUGGGCAUUAUGCUAGUGUAUGAUAUUACAAAUCCUAAAAGUUUUGACAAUAUUGCUAAAUGGUUAAGGAAUAUUGAUGAACAUGCAAAUGAAGAUGUAGAAAAAAUGAUCUUAGGUAAUAAAUGUGACAUGGAAGAUAAAAGAAUGAUUAGUAAAGAACGUGGGGAAGCAAUUGCACGGGAGCAUAGCAUAAGGUUUUUAGAAACCAGUGCAAAAGCAAAUAUUAACAUAGAGAAAGCUUUUAGAGAUUUAGCUGAAUCGAUUCUGAAUAAGCAAAUGGCUGGCAAAGAACAGACAGAUUUUCCAGAUAAAGUAAGGGUAACAACUCAAGAUAUAAGAGGAAUAAGGAAAUGCUGCUAGAGUAUCUAGAUCACUUGCCUUUCUUCAUUCAUACACUGCUGUCUGGAAAUCUGCUUGCAGUACUCCAUACAUUUUAUAUUUGCCUGGCUGGACCUCUUUGCCUUAGAGGCCAUUCAACCUCGAACUCUGUGCAUUCAUUAGUCUGCCAGGACUGCAGUGCCACUUCCCAAUAAAAGGAGAGAGGCACAACAACGUCCCAAUGUCGUCUUGACUGUUUGCCAUUUUUAUUAUAAUUCCAAAGAAUAUUUGAUGUUGCUGUGACAAAGUAAAACAAAAAUAGUACCUAUAUAAUAUAAUAUAAUCUAUGCCUAAAUGACCUGAAAUUUCUUAUAAUUCUUUUUCUGAAAAAAAAAUUUUCUUUUUCAUUCAAAUAAUGACUAGGACCAGGCGGAGUAAUUUUCGUCAACAGUGGCUUUUAUGUUGUCAAUAAAUAAUAAAUAACUUUUAAUAUGCUAAUUGGGCUUACCUAAAACAGGCCUGAAUAAUGUAACUUUGAAGCACUUUAAAAAUUAGUUAAUAAUUGGCUUAUUUGUAUUAAAAAAUUAAUUCACUUUUUCAAAGAGCACAGUUUUCUACAGAAAUUAGAUAAGGUGAUGGCUCUUUUGUGCUGUAAAAAUCAAACAGACGUAUUUACCUACUGUGCUUCCUUUGUCACAUCUAGGUAUUGCUUUGUUAUUUUAUGGCUGUUGUAAAAUAACUAAAUGCAUCAUCUUACAAGUGAUACAGUUCUGUGAAUACUUUUUGAUGAAUGUAGAUAGUUAUGUAAUUUGUGUAAAAGAAAUAGACAUUUCAAAGUCAAGCUUUCUUUUUUAUCCAACUGUACUCAACAAAAUUUGUAUGUUAUAUAAAUGUUCGUUAGGGAAGGGAUUAUAUUAAACACUGUAUUAUUUAUAUUAUCUUAAACUGUGUAAUAGUAUUUGUUAAAAAUUAUGCUAAUCAAUACGAAAACUAUUGCUGUUAACGAUGCUUUAAUUGCUGAUUGUUAUAUUGUAAAUUGAAACAUUAUAAGCAUAAUUACUAUGUCUCUGGGUGUUUUCACCAAAGAAGUGCAGUGGAUUGGCCUAGAAUUUUUUAUACUACUUAUAUUGUUUAUUUCAAAAUUUCACAACUACAUUUGAUUAUACUUUUAAAAGAAAAAAAGAUUAAACCAAUUUUUUUGCUUAAAUUAGCAGGUAUGUGUUUAUAAGGGUAUUUGCAUUUGUAAUGUGCAAAGUUUAUAGAGUGUAAAGCUUUACCUUGAUCUGUUUAUUUCUUUUACAUAAAAUAUAAUCAUCUGAUCAAAAUUGUGAAAUACUGCUCUGUGAUUACCAGAUGAUUUAAAAAUGCUGGAAUUCAUUUGAUAUAUUUGUAGGCUGUUAAACUUGCCAUAAAGCCUUGUUUUUUUAUUGAUCACAUUUUCUACACUUUUUUUAGACGAUUGGUAAGAAUCAACACUCACAAUUGAAUUUAUACUUUAUCAUUUGCUGAAGAUUAUAGUGCUAGUUUUGUACAGUGUUACAUUUAAAAAAUUAAGUGAUUUGAAGUUCCUUUAGGUUGCUCAUUUUUAUAUGAUGUUUUUGCUCCAGAAUUUGAAAAAGAAAAAGGGGAAAUUUAUCAAGAUUUAUAAUUAUGGGAUGUAGAUAUAUAUAUAAUGUGUAUAUACAAAAUUUGUUUUCUUUGUAUUAAAAAAAUUAUGCUUCUUGCGAAUAAAUUUAAGUUUGUUGCUAUGCUUUUUCCCUUCUUAAUUCAGUACUGGCAAGUUUUGUUUUGUCUUUUUUUUUCCUUGCAAUUUUUCUUUAUAUUAUCCACACAAAAAAAAGUUUUUAUUGUAAAUUGUGAUGUUUUUUUUAUAAAAAAAAAUUAAAUACUUGCAUAUCAAUUUGUUUGGAUAUUCUUUAUUUGUUACAAAAAGGAUGAAUAUUUAUAGUUAUUUCAUAUAGAGUUUGUGCAAAUACAAUUGUCCUAUCAUUUGUCUUUAAUUCAUGUGUUUAAAAUGUUUGUAUUUUCUUUUUAACUACGACCCAUAUUGUUUUAUUUUUCAAUACCUCAGUAAUGCUCACAUAGUAGUCUUUCAUAUGCUUUUUUUUUUUUAAAUAUUGUAGUUAAUUUAUUUUAGAACAUUUUCAGUUUGUUUUUGUAAGCAUGCAUUUAGAUCUGCUCUUACCUGCGUUAUAGAAUAAUUUGUUUUUGCUUCCAACGUAUAUUUCAAUUUAUUGUUGAUGUCCUGUUUAUGGUAGAUUAAAAUCAGUAAAAUUUUA